AUGGGCAGGCAAGACAGCAGUAACAGAGGCACGAGCGCAAGUGAGGCACCUGCGCUCAAGAACGGGCUGGGUAUCGUUUCAGCUGGGGUCUCGAGUCAGGACGACUGUGUUUUUCUAAAAAACAAGCAAAGGUUGAGCGAGGGAAGUCUUUGGUUCAGCACGAAGUCGCGGGAACCAGCGGUUGUGAGGAAACACCAGCACAAACACAGACUGAAACGCCGUUACGAAGUGCUUGAGACGCUGGGAAAGGGUACUUACGGCAAGGUGCAGAAAGCUGUGGAGAAAGGGAGUGGUAGGACGGUGGCCAUCAAGUUCAUUAGAAAGGAGAGAUUCAGUGAAGAGUCAGACCAAGCUAACAUUCAGAGAGAGAUAGAGAUCACUUCCUCUCUGAGACACCCCAACAUCAUUAAUAUCUAUGAAGUGUUUGAGAACAGGGAUAAGAUUGUUCUGGUAAUGGAGUGUGCGACUGGAGGAGAGCUGUAUGACUAUAUUCAGGAGAGACGCAGACUGAGUGAGCCUGAGGCCAGACACUUCUUCAGGCAAAUCACCUCCGCAGUGCAUUACUGCCAUAAGAAUGGAAUUGUCCAUCGGGACUUGAAACUGGAGAACAUUCUGUUGGAUCAGGAAUUGAAUGUAAAGCUGGCUGAUUUUGGCCUGUCUAAUCGCUAUCAGAAGGGCCGUUUUCUACAAACCUUUUGUGGGAGCCCUCUCUAUGCAUCUCCAGAGAUCAUAAACGGCAUUCCCUACCAGGGACCUGAGGUGGAUUGCUGGGCGCUGGGUGUGUUGCUGUAUGCCCUAGUUUAUGGCUCUAUGCCUUUUGAUGGAGGGAAUUACAGUUACCUGAGAGAACAAAUAAGCCAGGGCAGAUACAGGAGAGUCAGUCCUCAGUCAGAUGCAUGCACUCUGAUUGGCUGGUUACUGACAGUAAGGGUUGAAGACAGGGCAACAGUGGAGGAUGUUGCCAAUCACUGGUGGGUUAACCUCAACGGCCCUACCACCUUGUGUGAGAGCAUGACUAACUGGCCUGAACAAACUACUCACCUACAGCACAACCUCUAUGUGCCCACUGAAAACCAAACCCUCAAGCAGAAUGAGCAGUCUUCCCCUGAUCAACAUGUCUUUGCCUCAAACAUCAAAGGAGAUGAUGGACUCAGGAUCAACUCCCUCCCCAGAAAAUUCCACAAACAGGAGAUCUCUCAAAAUAUCCCCAACCCCAUCAGCUACACCACAACUCCACCCUCUUGUUCUGUUCCCUCCACAAUAUCCCAAACAUCAAUAUCCCAAUAUCCCAAUAUCAUCAAUCACCAGCCUGCCAAGCUGCCCAAGAAAGGCAUCCUGAAAAAUCAAUAUGCAAAGGUGGAGUGCAGCAUCUUCCCACAACAUGUGGGUGGAGUUCAGAGCACGCUUGAGGGUUUCCAUGGCAACAGGACUGCCACUGGGGGUGAUUCCAAUGAACUGAUGAGGAUGGAGGGGGGGAGGAAGAGGAAAGGGAUUCUCAAAUGCCAUGGAAAAUUCUCAGCCAACCAAACCCUGCCACUGACAGCACCUCACACACCUCCCCCAGUCUCCCACCCAGAACCUGGAAUGUUUUUUAGCAGUGUUCUCAACAGCAAAACUUCCAGCAGCAAACAGUAA